GGACAUAUUAGUAUGUGAUACGCAUUGGAACCAUGUGGACGGAAUGGCGAUGGACGCCUCGUUAACACUCUACGUGUAGUCGGUUUAAAACAGAAAAAAACAUAGCCAGUAUGGUCGAUUGGUCGUUAUAUGUUUUGUAUACUAAAGAGUAAAGUUACUUAUUUGUACUCAAACUACGAUUCACGUAAUCAUGGGCAAAUCAAAGACCAAGAACCAGAAAAAGUCUCGAGCAGAAGCUCACCAUGUGGCUGAAGAGUCAUACCGAUCCGUCCCCCACUCGUUCGUCUUCCAUCGGGGUCAAGUGGGGAAAAACGUGGCUCAGCUCAUCAUGGAUGUCAGGAGAGUCAUGGACCCUUACACUGCGGAACAAUUAAAGGUCCGGAAAAAGAACGUGUUGAAAGACUUUGUAACUGUAGCCGGACCAAUCGGAGUGACCCACUUCAUCAUCUUCAGCAAGACGCCAAGCAGCAUCACAAUGAGGCUGGCUCGACUACCCAAAGGGCCCAUGCUCUAUUUUAAAGUGCUCAAGUACACUCUGGUCAAAGACGUGGUCUCGUCACUGAAGAAGCACCGCAUGCACGGGCAACAGUUCACGCACCACCCGCUACUCAUCCUCAACAACUUUGGAUCCGACGGCAUGCACAUCAAAUUGAUGGCCACAAUGUUCCAGAACAUGUUCCCGUCCAUUAAUGUGCACAAGGUGAGCCUCAACACCAUCAAGAGGUGCGUGCUGCUCAACUACAACCAGGAGACGCAGGAAAUCGAGUUUCGCCACUACAGCCUGAAGGUGGUGCCGGUAGGCAUGAGCCGCGGCGUCAAGAAGCUGAUGCAGGAGAAGUUCCCCAACAUGUGCAAAUUUGAGGACAUCAGUGAGCUGAUGAUAAAAGGGGCGAACCUUUCGGAGAGCGAAGCCGAGCAGGACGGCGAGCACAACAUCACCGAGCUGCCUCAGGUGUACUCGGGUCGCGGCAACAUGGCGUCCGAGCAGAGUGCCAUCCGUUUGACGGAGAUUGGACCUCGCAUGACUCUGCAGCUGGUCAAGAUACAAGACGGCAUGGCCGAGGGAAACAUCAUGUAUCAUUCCACAAUUUCCAAGACAGAGGAGGAAAUCCUGGAGAUCCUACAGAGGAAGGAGGAUAAGAUGAAGGCCAGAGAGGCGCGCCGGAAGAAGCAGGAGAAGAACGUGGCUCAGAAGAAACUGCAAAAGGAGGAGCACAAGAAAAAGAGCCUGGCGGGCCUCAAGAAGAAACAAGGUGACGAGGACAAAGACAGCGAGGUGGAGGAUCCAGGCGCGCAGGACGACCGAGCAGCAACGGCGGUGGAGUCGGACGACGAGGCUGAGUACUACAGGCAGGCUGUGGGAGAAGAGCCGGAUGAAGAUAUGUUCGUUGGCGCCAAGAGGCGGAGAAGCAACGAUGGAUCUCGAGGACCUGCCAAAAAGAUGAGGAAGCCCUAUGCUGAUAAAGCGUCCAGCCGAGAGAAAGGCACUAAAGGAAGCAGCCCGGGCGGACAUUACAAGGAUAAACCGGCAAAGAAAUUUGCCGAUCGGGAGAAGAAAUUCGUUGGAAAGAAAACAUUUGGAAAGAAGUCGUCACCUGGAGGAAAGCCAUUCAAAAAUAAACAGAGCGCCGGGGAAAAUAGAUCUGGCAACAAGAACAAAUUUGAAGGAAAGAGAACUUUCAGUGGAAAGACAAAUAAUGGUAAAGCGUUUCAGUCCAAGAGCAAGAAAAGUAAAGCGCCGUUUAACAAGAAAAGCGGCGGAGGUGCAAAGCAAGGCUUCAAACGCAAGAAGGGAAAAGGCUGAGCAUGUUUGACUCGGCUACAUUGACUGUUGGAGAAAGCAGGAUGGACAUGUUUAUUGUAUUAUUGCCUGUACUAUUAUAGAAAUGUUCAUUUCUAAUAAAUUUA